AUGAACGACACACCAUCUACCAACUCUAUAGAAAUCGCAGCCGUUAAUGGAGACUUACCACAGAGUGGAAAUGGUACGACCGAGCAGUGCGAUGUCUGUAUUGUUGGUGCUGGCCCGUCUGGACUUAUGCUGGCGACUACACUUACAAGAUUCGGCCUCAAUCCUAUCAUCUUAGAUGAAAGACUUGAUCAGACAGCUGUCGGUCGUGCCGAUGGCAUCCAGCCCAAGACGAUUGAAACUUUCCGCAUGCUUGGCAUAUGCGACGAGCUUCUUCGCUUAGGCAUCAAGAUAUAUGAUAUAUGCAUGUGGCGAGGCUCUUCCUCGCAGCAGUUGGAAAGAAUGGGUCGUGAGGUCCAUUAUCCCGACUCAAUCGUCGAUCUGCUAGAGCCAUAUAUCUUAAUUGGUCAUCAGGGUAUGAUUGAGAAAGCUUUCCUCGACGACCUACAUAAGCGUGGAGUAGAGGUGAGGAGGUCACAUCACUUCACCAAAUGUCAUGUCCGCGAUCAAAGCACUUAUCCAGUUCAAGUGCAUUCCAAAUUCAACAUCACACAGGAGGAGAAGAUCAUCGAGGCUGAGUUUGUGGUGGGUUGUGAUGGUGCGCAUUCUUCAGUACGGAAGAUGAUCUUUGAAUCCCCCAGGAAUUCAGGCAGUAGUGUCUGGGGUGUCCUUGAUGGUGAACUCAACACAGACUUUCCUGACAUCUGGAGCAAGACCGUGAUAUUCUCUGAAGAGCAUGGUUCUAUCCUGAUCAUUCCUCGAGAGAGAAAUAUGACCCGAUUCUACAUCGAAAUGAAAGAGUCGGCUUCAGCAAAGGAUCUCGGUCAAGACUAUGUUAUGCAGCGCGCCAAAGACAUUUUCAGCCCAUACCACGUUGAGUGGAAGUCUGUGGAGUGGUUUGGAAAAUAUCAAGUCGCCCAGAAAGUUGCCGAAAAGUUCUCCGACCCUACUAUGCGCAUCUUCAUCGGCGGUGACGCUAGCCAUUCACAUUCUCCAAAAGCUGCCCAGGGCAUGAAUACAAGUGUUCAUGACACGUGGAAUCUGGGCUGGAAGCUGAACCUGGCUGUGCGAGGGUUUGCAAAGCCAGUAUUGUUGCAGACUUACGAGCAGGAGCGACAAAAGAUUGGCCAAGACCUGAUUGAUUUCGACUAUGAGCACGCCAACCAGAUCGCAGGAGGCGACGCGGCUGCUAUUGCUGAAAACUUCCAGAAGAACAUUCGGUUCAUCUCAGGCGUUGGAGCGGAAUAUGCUACGAAUGUGAUAAACAAGCAAGCUGUAUAUAUUCGUGGAGAAGCUCGACCAGGCUGCAAUUUGCCCCCGGCAAAAGCAACACGCUACUAUGACGCCAAUCCAGUUGAUCUCCAAUUGGAUAUCCCCGUAUUGGGGCAGUUUAGGAUCUAUACAAUCUUGGGGGAUGUCAAGUCAACCCAAGCGAAAUCUUUCCUCAACUCGCUCAGCGACUCGAUACUCGACCCCACGUCUCUUGUGUCUAGACUAUCUGCCGCGGCGACACAAUCAUACAGUAAGACUCCCCGGAAGUCUUCACCUGAGGAGGUAUAUACCAGGCCGGAAAGAUAUACUGCAUUGAGUGAAUUCUUCACUUACUCGUUGAUUACGACAACCCAUAAGUCUCUGUUCGAAAUAUCGGAUCUACCGCCGAUAUUGGCAAAGAGUCCCUGGACAGUGUACCUCGAUGAUGUCCCAUCGCUUGACAGCAAAGGAAAGUCAUGUACGGAAAAAUGGAUCGGUAAUUUGGAGCCAGGAGAGGCAGUCGUCAUUGUUGUCAGGCCUGAUGGCUACGUGGCUGCUGUAGAUAGAUACGGUGCAUUGGAUGAGAGGUCUGGCAUGCAGGCUGCGCGUACUCUAGAUAGCUACUUCGGCGGGUUUCUUCAGGUACCAACCUGA